GUGCGGCGUGUCGGACGGACGCGCGGCGCGGCCGGAGACGCGGAACGUCCGCGUUUCCCUGACUUUGUAUGUCACGAAAUGUGUUACGCGCUUCGUCGUCGUCGUCAUCGCCGGUCACCGAUCGCGAACAGCUGUCCGCGCGGAGGGACAGACGUUAAUCCGCGUGCCGGCACGCGCAGCGCGUGAAACUGACGCUCGCGAAAUCGCCGCGUAGACGCAGUCGCUGAACGCUAUUUUCCGCCACGACCGCAAAUCCCCGAGCGAGAGGAAUGCACCACGAGGAGCGAUGGGAGAAUUCAAUCGCGUCAAUUGGCGACGAAAUGGCCGAAACAAAUACCUUAGGGUUGGUCGACUAUCUGGUCAUAGCGGUGAUGCUGUGUAUCAGCGCUGGAAUUGGCGUUUAUUACAGAUUCAGCGGAGGUCGUCAGAAAACUAUGGAGGAGUACUUCGUCGCGAGUCGAUCAAUGGGCGUUGUACCAGUCGCCAUUGCUUUGGUGGUCUCCUUCAUGUCCGCCGUUACGCUGCUCGGCGUGUCCGCCGAGAAUUACACGUACGGGACGCAGUUCGUCGUGAUAAACUUGUCGUACCUGAUAGGCACUCCGAUCGUGUGCUACGGAUUCCUCCCGGUGUUCUUUAAGCUGCAGGCGACGAGCGCCUACGAGUACUUAGAAAAGCGUUUCGGAGUGAGGGCUAGGAUGAUGGCUAGUUUUGUUUAUUGGAUUCAGCUGCUCUUGUACUCAGGAGUGGUGCUUUAUGCUCCUUCUCUAGCCUUGGAGGCGACCACGGGAAUCUCUAAGACCGCCAGCAUCCUCAUCAUUGGCCUCGUGUGUGCCUUCUACUCGAGUAUAGGCGGCAUUAAGGCCGUGCUGGUUACCGAUGUAUUUCAAGGCCUGCUCAUGUUCGCCGCCGUGUUUCUGGUCAUCGGCACAGCCGCGACUGAAGUCGGGGGACUGGGGCAGAUCUGGGAGAUCGCGAGGCAGGGACAACGACUCGAGUUCGACAGAAUUGAUCUGGAUCCAACAGUAAGGCAUACCUGGUGGUCCCUUACAUUCGGUGGUUUGUGUACAUUUUUAUCGCUUUACGGAGUGAAUCAAGUACAAAUACAGCGUACGCUGUCUGUAAAGAAUAUACAAGCUUCGCAAAGAGCCUUGUGGCUGGCUUGGCCGAUUCUGACACUUCUUUCCUUCACGACUUGCUUCUCGGGAUUGGCGAUAUACAGCAGGUAUUACAAUUGCGAUCCAAUUCUCGAGAAAAGAAUUACCGCGCCUGAUAUGCUUAUGCCACUGUACGUCAUGGACACGAUGUCCAACAUACCGGGCUUGGCGGGCCUCUUCGUUGCAGGUAUUUUUAGCGCAGGCCUCAGCACGAUUUCCGCGGCGCUAAAUUCUCUGGCGGCGGUAACGUUGGAGGAUUAUGUGAAACCCGUGUAUAGAAAGUGCAUCGGGCAUGAAUUCUCGCCUGCGAAAUCAGCCUCCGUCGCAAAGGUGCUCGCUCUUUCGUUCGGCAUCGUUUCCAUCGCGCUGGCGUUUCUAGCGCAAUUCCUGGGCGGUCUACUUCAGGCUUCCUUAACUAUUUUUGGAGUGGUCGGCGGUCCGCUGUUGGGCAUUUUCACGCUUGGCAUGGGCACGGAAACGGCGACGGAGGGCGGCGCGAUAACCGGCGUUCUCGCGGCAUUUUCAUUUUUAUUCUGGAUCGUAUUCGGCCAGCCGCGUCCGAUACCACCCACACUGCCGACGACCAUCGAAGGCUGUAAUGCCACAAACGUGACGAUAUCCCUUUUCCAGAACGCCACAAGCCUGUCCAAAAGCACCGGCGACAGCUCGUACUUCUACCUGUAUCGCAUUUCGUACAUGUGGUACUCCCCUAUCGGAUUCUUAAUAACGUUCAUACUCGGACUGCUCGUCAGCUAUCUGUCCCGUUUGUUUAUCAAAAAUGAAACCGACGACUUAGACGCCAAUCUGUUCUUUCCCGUGAUUGCGCGGCGUAUACGGGCGAGACAAGGCAACGACGUGGGGAGCGAGGGAAACUCGUCGUUAGACAGAAAGUACUCCUUCAGCGACGUGAUCCACGGGAAAGACAACGCCGCUGAUAAAAUCUGUACAAAACUCUAAUAGUGUAACUUUGUAAUCCGAGAUUGAUAGGCGUUAGACAUUCCGUACUUAUAAUCGGAGGACAUUUGCGGUAAAAUCGCGGGGAAAGGUACAAAAGUAUUUCUAUCAUUUCUUGGGACCUAAAGGAAAAUUUUGACAAAUUUAGCAAAUUUUGUCAAUGACUUAUCGUACGAAUGGAACUCAUUGUAUUUGUAGAAGUAAUUUUUGCAAACUCGUUCGUUAUCUUUUUAAAGAAAAGUCUCGUUUCAAUACAUAAAGUUAGGCGAUCGCGUGUCGAAGUACGAACACAAAUGCUAUGUCUUCCAUGCUAGGUUUGGCACUGCCAAUUUAUACUGUGUACAAAUAGAAAUCUCUUGCAGGCAGGGCGAUGUUUGAGAGAGCUGCGAGUAUUUUGCGUAAAAAUUUUGCCGCGGGACAUAUCUCUAUGUAUACAUAUGUACGUAAUAACUUUAGUUCCUGUUACACGCAUAUAACUUUCACAGGUGUACUUGAAGGGAAUCUACCUCUUAGAGAAAAUCUUGACAAUACUUAGCAAGAUGACAGGAAAAAUUAGCUUUAAGGUAUUACACUUGUAAUCUCAGUUACAGCUGUAAUAAUUAUCCAAUGGUAAGGAAUCGAAAUUAGUCGUGUAACCGUUUAUACGCGGUUAUAUCUUGACGAGUAUUUACGCAAGAUACAGCUGUCAGGUUAUUUGGGAAGGUUUACUACUUUCUAUAAGAUCGUUUAAUCGCGACGACGGUAUCUGCAGAUUUUGUUGAUGUCGUUUCAUAAUUAAGAGGCAGCAGUAGUGUGGAAAAAGGGAUAUACACAUUGUUCGCAAAUUUUUAAAAUUUGAUUGAAGAAUGUAGAUUUGCAUGAUAUUGUGGGCGUGUUUUACAUUAAAUGUUCGUUAAUAUUUAAUGGCAAUUUUAUAGAAAUGUAUAGGAAUGAUGUUAUUA